CAAUUGGAAUAGGAAUAGUGGGAGUUCCCUUCACCUAAAUAUAUAUAUAUUUAUUAAAUAAACUGAAACACGUUGACUGUUUAAUUUUAGAAUAGUUUCUCCCUAGUCAAACACAAACAUAUAAACAUGAAUUUCUUGGGAGUAACAAAUCAUUAUUCAUCAAAUUCAUAAAUGUAUCUUUUGUAUAUUUAAACUUCGUCCAACAACGUCACUGAUCUCGUCAUGCCAUUCUUAUUUGAAUCAUGUGAUAUAAUAUCGCGAUAGUUCACACUGUCACAUGAUCACAUUGGAACUAAAGCAGGAAGUGCUUGUUGUAAAAACAAGAAGAGAGUUACAGAUGCUCUGGCGUUGACUUUAUUCAAUCAUGUCUUUUCACACAAGUUGUUUUCUUUUUAUUUUCUUGGUCGCACAGUUUCACACACGCGUGUCCUGCGACGUCGUCGACUUAAAUGUUCUAAAUGUCGGUGAUAGCCCUGCUGCGGUCCACGCCGCUGUGUUCAAGCCAGCACUGGGCUGGUCUUCGUCUCUCAGUCUGCUCUUGUCUUCCUUCCCCGAGGACCUGGAGAUCAGUGAGUACUGCAGUGACCUGCUGCACAUAUUUGGACAGCGGUACGUUUCAUAUGUGAACUGCCUGGUUCCUGCUGCUCGGCCCGUCAAAGUGUGUCAGAACUGCUUCUCCAGCUACGGCAGCCUCAUUGACAUCUACCGGAACAUCUCGGAUGAGGUGGGUCCUGGUAAUGUGAGCUGCAGCAUCAGUCUUCUACACAGUGAUCGGCUGAUGGUGGUCUAUCUUCUGUAUCACAACCUGGAGGAUCUGUGGACCAAAUCAGGCUGUGAACACUGUGUCACCGAAGGAUUCCUGGCUCUGACCAAUGACACCCUUUACUUCAUGACUAUUCUGAACCAGACUCACUCCUGCUUUGAGAAGUAUCACCAGGGAAACCACAGCGAGCUGUGCACCAACUGCAAGGACACGUACAGGCAGCUGAACGAGCUGUUCAGCAGAAUGGAGAAGAACCUCACUCUGUGCAUUGACAUUGAAGACGCGAUUAACAGUACACGUAAGAUGUGGAGCAAGACUUUCAACUGUUCGCUGCCUCGUGAGGAGACGGUGCCCGUCAUCGCCGUGUCCAGCUUCAUGCUCUUCCUGCCCAUCAUCUUCUACUUGAGCAGCUUCCUUCACUCGGAACAAAAGAAACGCAAGCUCAUACACCCCAAGAGAGCAAAGUCGUACACCAGCUUGAUGAACAUUCAGGACAAACAAAACUAAAGUUGUUGAGUGUUUACCUCGGAGAAGAACUGAUCCCCGACUAAUGCUGUGAUGCUGAGAAGUAUUGACACUGAAAUGCACUGGAUUUUGUUUUAUGCAAAAAUUGAACUUUUUGACUCAUUAAACUGUUAUUUUCUCAUGUGUUACAGCAGUGAAAGGUAUUUAAUAUGAAAAUACAGAAUUUUGAUUUUAUUUUAUACGCAUAUAUAAUUUAGAAUUUGUCAGAAAUAUGGCAGAGAUGGUUGUUUUUAUAAAAUUAUAAUUAUUACAUAUAGAAAUUAUAGGAAAAAUGAUCUGAGAAAACAGCCAACAGUUUUCAUACGUGUGAGUCUGUCUGAGUAUGUGCACAGUUGUGAGCAUGUGUGUGUGUGUGUGUGUUUAUUCCAUUUAGGGGCGAGCAGAGAAAUGGGCUUCCUUUCUCUGAUAUAUGUCCAUAAGAGAGCUACAGAAAGGAAGCACUUGAUGUCCAUUAGCUGUGACAUGGAUCUGCUGGAAGAAGAAAAGGUGAACAUCAGUGCAGGGGUGGGGAGGGGGAGGGGGGGCUAAAUAAAGACAUAACACAGCUAAUGUAAGAGCACUCCACAGUGGCACACUGAUGCCACCUCUCUGUGUUUGUAUGUGUUUUUCUACAUGGUUUCAUUAGGCUUUAAAUGAGUGACGUUUUCUCCCCACUGAUUUAACUUUAGCUUAAUUUGUUAAGGAUUUCUGACUGGGCAUCGACUCAGAGGAAGUUUUUCUCUGCCUAUUGCAAAUAAAUCUCAGGUGAAGUAAAAA